UUAUUUUUCAUGGGCAAAUAAUUUUCUUUUCAACUUAGUUAAUUUUUUUCUCUUACAUAAGUUAAAAAUUUUAUAAUUUUGUGUGUUUAAAUUUUGAGACUUUUUCUAUAUUAAACCAAAAAUGGAUUAAAUUUACAUUUAUGACCCCAAAAAAAGAAAUAAACAAAAAUAGAAACUAAAAGUUGUUAAUUACAAAAAUACCGGCCAAGGAAAACGGAAGCCUCCAUCUUCUUCGUGACCCAGCCGCAUUCUUCUUCGUGACCCAGACGUCUAACCCCAACAACCCAUUCUCAACCAUUUUCCUUCCAAAAUUAGGAAAAUCAGAUUUAAAAAAAUGUAGAUCAUUUGGAAAACAAGUUAAAUCCUGAAAAUCCAAAUACAGGAACGGAAAGAAAAAAAAUCAUUCAACCUCCAUUACUGUACAAAAAAAAACUCAAAAGCAACAAUCAGUGAAAAAGGAAAUCGCAUUCAGAUGUGAAUAAUCGAAUAGAAGCAGAUCUGUAAAUCAUUGAAACUCACACAUGGUUGAAUCAGAAAGAGAAUUGAAGGAUACGGAACCAUUACAAAUAUUGGUGCAAAGCAAUGGGUAUUGGGAUGACAACAAAAAUUAUGUUGAAUAUGAAUCAAGUGGACAAUUAAUUUCCACCAACUGCACUUUUGAGGAACUACUGAGAAUAAUGAUGGAAGAACUCCAAUGCAACCCUGAAUCAACACAACUACAACUGAAAUAUCAACUGAAGGAAGGAGGCCAACCACUACAAAUCAAGGAUGACAAAAGUUUGUUGUUCUACAUAAAGCUAUUAACAAAAGAGGUUGAUUUUACAAGGUACCCAUUGUGUGUGAACAAAACCAACAACACGACGCCACCUAACCAAACAAUGGUGUGCAACAAUAUGAUCAUGAAAUCGUAUGACAACAACGCAGCACAGGCAUAUUUGCAGCAACUUGGAAACAACCCGGCAACAACUUCCAAGCAACAAUUAUGUGCACACGAUUGGAUCUGUUGAAGAUGAUACAUUUUUCCUAGAAAUAGGGACAGUGACAUCAGAAUCAACCAUACAACAACCAGAAAACAACAGACAAAAAACUACAGCAGUAGAUGAAUAUUUCGACUUCACCGACUACGCAAAGCUUGGGGCUGCAAAAAUGGUACAGCAACUCGAAAACAACCAGGAAGAAGAAGAGGAAGUCGACAACACAUAAAUGAUUAUCAUCAAUGACAAACGACAUGAAACAAUAGAAAAGGGACAAAUUUACAAGGACAAAGAAACAUUGAUAAGUACA